UGUUGAAUAAAAGUGAGUUCGGAGAAUAAGAGGGAAACCAAUAAUGAGAAAAGAGAAAGAGGGCGGGGAAGGAAGGCUUCACUGUCUACACUAGAUGAGAUUUUGUUCCCCAACGAUUAACGAAGCUUGAUUGAAGCUUUCACCCUCAUUCAAGCACUUGGUUGUUUGGGAAAUGGCUGAGAGAGAACAGCAGCACCAAAGUGAUGCACAGAUGCAAUCUCCAAAGGAUGAGAUGGUGGCAUGUGUGAUGGCAUUGGAGGCUGCUUUGCUUCCAUGCUUGCCUGCCAGAGAGCUUCAAGCAAUAGACCGUUCGCCGCACCCGUCUCAUCAGAUUGAUGUUGAGAGACAUGCCAGAGAUUUUAUGGAAGCUGCCAAAAAGCUUCAGCUCCAUUUUAUUGGUCUGCAACGUGAGGAUCUGCUCACGAAUGCUGAAAAACUCAGAAAGGAGAUUGCUGUGAUGGAAGAGGAGUUGAAGGUAAAGAAUGAGAUUAUCAAGAAGAAUGAAAGGUUAAUCCAAGGGUGGAAAAAGGAGCUGAAAGACCAAUUGGACAGACACAAUACUGAGCUCGAGAAAGUGUAGUUACUUAACCAAUAGAUAUGUCAUCCCAUCUUAUGGUAGAUCAUUUGGUAGCUUAGCAAAUGAAUGCUUUUUUUCCCAUCCUAUUUCCCGUAUAAAUUAUGAUCAGUUGCAUCCAAAUUGGCUAGAGAAUUUUGCUGAUUCUACGUUUGGCUUUGUUGGCAGCUGUUUUUCGAUUGCUUCUUUUA